GUUUAUGUCAAGAAGAAGAAGAGGGGGGUGCGCAGUGUACACAAACUGAAACAACAACAGGCGUAGGAUAAGAAAAACACAAAACACUCUCUUUCUCUGCGUCUCUUCUUCUUCUCCAUUACACCUUUCCUCUUUCGUUUCUCUCCACAGAGAUACAAACACAUUCAUUUACCUCUGUGUGGUUUUUUUCUUUAAUUGAUGGAGAAGAAUUUAAAGAUCUAUUUCUUAUAAUUUGAUUCUUCUUGGGGUAAUUCUCGUCUCUAUCUUGAAAAUGGAUGGACCAGGUGGCAAAGGUGGCACAGCGGAUUCAUUUUUAUCGAAUUAUAAACUUGGAAAGACACUUGGCAUUGGUUCCUUUGGGAAGGUUAAAAUUGCAGAGCAUGCGCUAACAGGUCAUAAGGUUGCGAUCAAAAUCCUGAACCGCCGUAAGAUAAAGAACAUGGAUAUGGAAGAAAAAGUGAGGAGAGAAAUCAAAAUCUUGAGAUUGUUCAUGCACCCUCAUAUUAUACGACUUUAUGAGGUUAUAGAAACACAAACCGAUAUUUAUGUUGUGAUGGAGUAUGUGAAAUCUGGAGAGCUGUUCGAUUACAUUGUAGAGAAGGGUAGGUUACAGGAAGAUGAAGCCCGCAAUUUUUUCCAGCAGAUUAUUUCUGGUGUCGAAUAUUGCCAUAGAAACAUGGUGGUUCAUCGGGAUCUUAAGCCUGAAAAUUUGCUUUUGGAUUCAAAAGGUAACGUCAAGAUUGCUGAUUUCGGAUUGAGCAAUAUUAUGCGGGAUGGUCAUUUUCUGAAGACAAGUUGUGGAAGCCCAAAUUAUGCUGCUCCUGAGGUAAUUUCUGGAAGACUGUAUGCUGGGCCCGAGGUAGACAUUUGGAGCUGUGGUGUUAUCUUGUAUGCGCUUCUUUGUGGUACCCUUCCUUUUGACGAUGAAAACAUUCCUAACCUAUUCAAGAAAAUUAAGGGGGGAAUCUAUACUCUACCGAGCCAUUUAUCACCUGGAGCAAGGGAUUUGAUCCCAAGGAUGCUUGUCGUUGACCCUAUGAAACGGAUGACCAUUCCGGAGAUCCGUCAGCAUGCGUGGUUUCAAGCUCAUCUUCCACGUUAUUUGGCUGUUCCCCCACCUGAUACGAUGCAGCAGGCCAAAAAGAUUGAUGAGGACAUACUUCAAGAAGUACUUAAGAUGGGAUUUGACAGAAAUCAAUUGGUUGAAUCUCUUCGCAACAGAGUACAGAAUGAGGGGACUGUUGCGUACUAUUUGUUAUUGGACAACCGGUUUCGCACUACCAGUGGCUAUCUUGGAGCUGAGUUUCAGGAAUCUAUGGACUCUGGUUUCACACGCACUCAUGCAGCUGAUGCUGCUAGUUCACCCAAAGCACAACGAUGUCCAGGGUAUUUGGAGCAGCAAGGAAUUGGGUUAAGAACUCAGUUUCCAGUUGAGAGGAAAUGGGCUCUUGGACUUCAGUCUCGAGCCCAUCCUCGUGAAAUAAUGACAGAAGUUCUCAAAGCUCUACAACAACUCAAUGUGGGCUGGAAAAAGAUUGGGCACUAUAACAUGAAGUGCAGGUGGUCGCCUGGACAUCAUGGAGGCAUGGUAGACAAUUUGAUUCAUGUUGAUCAUUACUUUGGGGAUGAAUCUGCCAUUGUUGAGAGUGAUGGCAUCAGCUCACAAAAUGUUGUCAAGUUUGAAGUGCAGCUCUACAAGACUCGUGAUGAUAAGUACCUACUCGAUCUACAGAGGAUCAGUGGGCCGCAGUUUCUAUUCCUUGAUCUUUGUGCUGCUUUCCUUGCACAGUUGAGAGUCCUUUGACAUUAAGGAUCACUAAUAGAAAGAGAAAAUAUCUCAUCCUGAAGCUCCUUGGACACUUAUUAAUAAAACUUUAGUUUAAUGCUGUAUAUACAAAGUCUAGCGGUGUUGCUCUGUUUGCAGGACCGGCCCUGGGUACAAGCGACCGAUAGUGUUGCUUCGGGCCCCUAUUUUUUCAGGGCCCCCAAAUUUUUUCCUUUUUGAUCCUGUAUGUUUCUAAAUCUUUUAACAUACCCAUAUCUCCUACUACUGGAUCUUGGUAUUCUCCUUUUAAACUUAACUCAUCAAAACUUAACAUAUUCAUAUAA